AUGGGAUUUGUUGAAGAGAAGAUCAAAGAAGGGAAGGGUUUUGGGAACCUGGUCUUCCCUAGGACUCUCCACCCCUCACACACGUGUGAAAAGGGAGCAACACAUUUGGUGGAGGCCAUCAAGGCAAAUGGUGAAUGGUUAAGGGAACAAGUGAGGAGUCAUGGUGCCAUCCUCUUUCGAGGGUUCGAAAUGUGGUCCCCUGAGGAGUUUAGGAGUGUGGUGGAGGCCUUUGGAUGGGAGAAUAUGGAUUACAUGGGUGCCACCACACGUGUGAAGGUUGCAGAUCGAGUCUACACUGCCAAUGAGGCUCCUCUUAACCAGCUCAUCAAUUUCCACCAUGAGAUGGCCUUGAUGAAAGACUUCCCCUCCAAGAUCUUCUUCUUCUGCUCUGAGCCACCACCUGAAGGCGGGGAGACCUCGAUAGUUCUGAGUCAUGUUGUUGUUGAGAAAAUGGAGGAAGCCAUGCCGGAGUUUGUCAGCAAAUUGGAGAAUGUCGGGGCUGUUUUGCGGCUAAAAACUGCAAAAGAGAACUCCUCUGAGAAAGUUGUAAGCAAGACAUGGCAAUGGUUGUUGCAGACUGAAGACAAAGUUGAAGCAAGAAGAAGGGCUCAGCUCAAGGUUGGAUGUAGCUCCCUAGAAUUCCUAGAUGAUGGGACUGCAGAGUUUGUUUAUGGCCCCUUGAACCCUAUAAGAACCUAUGAAGGAAAGAGGGCUUGGUUCUACCCAAUUCUAGGCUACACCAACAACCCCGAGGACAUUGAUGUGCAUUUUGGUGAUGGGACUCCACUCCCUGUCGGAGCCCUGGAAAUCUAUCGUAAAAUCUUGGACGUGAACAGUGUAGAUCUACAGUGGCAAAAGGGCGACGUCUUGGUGGUAGACAAUCUGAGUGUUCAACAUGCUCGGAGGCCAGGAAAGCCGCCUCGGGUUAUUUUAGUUUCAAUAUGUAAAUGAAUCAGGACUCAAUUUGGGUUUCAAGAACAUGGCUUAAUAUGUUCUGAUCAUUAAUAUCAUGUUCAUAUCAGUAGACAUACAUUGACAAGAACAUA